CAAAAAUUACAAUCUAAAUACAUCUUUGGUGGAAACUGAGGUUACUCCAAACAGGAGUAAGUGAACUUCAGGUUGUUCAAACAGCAGCGAUUAUUUCAUAAACGUUUGUUACUGAUUAGACAUAGACCUGGGACCCCUUUGCCUUCGAGUAUAAAAAGGUCUGGGAGCACAUUGACGUUCUCCACAUUGUGUUGAGCUUCACACAGCUGUCGCAGCCUCCGGCCUACCUUGGUGAAAGAAACAUGGACUUCAAUGGAACAUGGCAGGUCUACUCUCAGGAGAACUAUGAGGAGUUCCUCAAGGCCAUGGAACUCCCAGCAGAUGUCAUUAAGAUGGCUAAGGACAUCAAACCAAUUACUGAGAUCAAGCAGACAGGCAAUGACUUUGUUGUCACCUCCAAGACUCCUGGAAAGACUUUGACCAACUCUUUUACCAUCGGCAAGGAGGCUGAAAUCACCACCAUGGAUGGCAAGAAGCUCAAGUGCAUUGUCAAUAUGGAGGGAGGCAAAAUGGUCUGCAACACCGGCAAGUUCUGCCACGUUCAGGAGAUCAGAGGAGGAGAGAUGGUUGAGACUUUGACCAUGGGCUCCACAACUCUCAUCAGAAAGAGCAAAAAGAUUUAAACUUGGC